UUGGAGAGAAAAAUGAAUAUAUAGUCCAAAAAAGGUGGCGGUUUGGAUUUGUGUCGUCCUCGGAAGCGGUGGUGGAGAGUUCGGGCGCCGUCGUUACAUCAACCCCCCAUACUUCGCCUAUCACAAGUCACAUAAUCGAUAGAAGUUUCGCUGGUGCCUUUAGUGGAGUUGAUGGCGACGUCGGGAGUUUCAGCUACGACGACGGAAGUUGUAGUGAACGCGUUGUGAAUGAUUGCCCUUCGAAAUUGUGUAACACGGAGCAAACGAUGCAGCCGCCACCAAGAAAGGGCAAUUACGCGAAAUUUUUGAAGAAUCUCCACUCGGAACAAAUCAACAAACUGAUUUUAAAGAAUCAACACGAGUGCGAUCUAUUGGAAGAUAUUAGAACAUUUAUUAUAAAAAGAUCGGCAAUAGAAAAGUCCUAUUCGGAAGCACUACUUAAAAUAUCGUCAGCUUAUUUGAAUAAAAAGAUUCCUAAUAUUCCUGAUAUAAAAUUAGAGGGGGGAGAGGAAAAAUGGAAUAUGUGGAACGUAUGGAGAACCGUGUUGGAGGAAAACGAGAAAUUAGCGAGAGCAAGACUGGCGGCCGUCGAAAUAUUCCAGCAACAAAUUGCUGACGAUGCCAAAAUACUCCGGGCGCAUAAAUUACAAACAGCGAAAAAGUGUGUGGAUCAAUUAGCGCUGGUACAAAAAGAAUUACAAUUGUGUGUACAGGAUGUAGAUAAAACGAAAAAAUUAUAUUUCGAUGAAGAACAUGGAGCUCAUGAAGUUAGAGAUAAAGCUAGGGACAUUGAAGAGAAACUCAAAAAGAAAAAAGGUUCAUUUUUCCAGUCAAUCACCUCAUUACAGAAGAAUAGCGCUAAGGUAUCUUCAAAACGGGAUCAGCUGGAAGAAAAGUCAACAGGAGCAAGGAACGAUUACCUUUUGUGCCUCGCUGCCGCAAACGCACACCAAAACAGAUAUUUCGUAGUUGACCUUCAACUCUGCAUGACAACAAUGGAGAGCGGAGUUUACGAUAAAGUUGCUGAAUAUUUGUCAUUGAUGGGUCGAACUGAACUAUUAACAUGUUCAGCUAUGCAGAAUUCGUUCAGUACUAUCCGUGACCAAGCUAAGCAACUUACUCGCGACUACAAUCUCCAAUGCUGUUAUCUGUAUUAUCCCGUAUUAAAGCAGCAUAUACACUACGAAUUCGAUCCGUGUGACAAUGAUCCUGUGGAUCAAAUAACCGCCGAUCACGAUUCGUCAGCGGCGACUUUAAGUAAAGAAGCGCGUCGAUGGGCCACUAAAAUAGCCAGAGAAAAUAAUAACGUAAGAGAAAGCGUUAGAAAGCUGCAGUUAUAUCACGCCCUUAAAGAGUCGGGACAGAAGGUAGAUCCAAAUGAUCCGAACGGUCAUGAUUUGGAAACGAAAAUAGAAGAAAUGAAGCAAGCCAUUAGACGAGCUGAAACUUCCAAAGCAAAAGCAGAGGCGAGAAUCGAAUGUUUACGAGCAGGUGGCGUCAACGUCGAUGAAUGGUUACAAGAAGCGGAAACUCUGAACGUACAAGAUAUUCAAAGAUCUACUAGUUCGUUAUCGGACCAUCCUAGUUCGGAUUCUUUCUACGAUAGCGAUUUUGCUGAGGGCGAACCGACGUCAGGUCCGAUAGAAACAAGAGUGGAAAUGGAAAGUAAAGACGAAGAACGGAGGGAGAGCCAGUCGGAUCAUUACGAAGCCGCUGAAGUCGACGUCAUGCUAGAGCAGGAACGACAAAGAAUAGAACAGUUGACUGCUGGAUGGGAUGACCCGAUUCAGGUUGAUUGGGGUACUGAGGAAAACGUCGAGGAGGGCGAAGGAUUUGUCAGGCAGGAAAAAACUCCUUCAGUGCCGUUGCUCAAGUGUACCGCUUUGUAUUCCUAUACGGCUCAAAAUCCAGACGAACUGACAAUCGUUGAAAAUGAGCAGCUGGAAGUUGUAGGUGAAGGAGAUGGUGAUGGUUGGUUGAGGGCAAGAAAUUAUAGAGGGGAAGAAGGUUAUGUCCCGCAAAAUUACUUAGAUAUAGAACGUGAACAAUCAGUUACCACUCCCGGUCUACAAACGCAAAUAUCCUUUUCUUCCGUUGAUUACACAGUUGAUAACGAAGAAGAGAAUGCACAACAGGCAACUGAAACCACUCAGUCUCCCGAACAAAUUUCGGUUAUAUCUAUACCACAAAAAACUCCGGACGGAUCUAUACCUGAAUAUUGUAUAGCAUUGUAUGAUUACGAAGGUGAAGGUGGUGAAGAAUUAACCUUCGAAGAAGGUCAAAUAAUAAAAAUAUUGAGUAAAUGUGCUCACAGUAUAGACGACGGAUGGUGGCAAGGUGAAUUGGACGGUCACAUAGGAAACUUCCCUUCUUUAGUGGUAGAAGAAUGCGACGAAUACGGAGAACCGCUUAUUAACCAAUGGGAUGAAACACCUCCGCCUUCAGCUCCACCUAUUUUCACUCCACCAAACGUGCCCGAUUAUUUACCAGACAAUGAGGAAGGCGACGAAGUGACGAUAUCUUCACCACCUCUCCAGCCUCCUCCAGCUCCGCCUGUAGAAAAACUAGACGAAACAAUCAACGAAAACGGUGAAUUAUACGAAAACGAAACCGUCGAGGAGGAGGGAGACGCAGUAGAAGCAAAAAGCUCUACUAAAUCGUGUAAAAAAAACUUUGCAAUGUCGCUGUCUCGGGACCAACAAUACCAAUACGGAAGUCAAUUUAACGAAUCGUCCGACACUCCUGUACCGACGAUUGACGUGCCUACGGUUGAAAUUUUUGACGAGAAUUCCCAAGAGGUAUGCCAGGACGAAGGACAAACUGAUAGCGAUUAUGGUUUGUGUGCAGCCCAAAUCGUCAUAACGGCUGCUACUCCUAUGAUCGAAGAGGCUGCCACUCCCUUCCCACCUCCAGAAGAAUCGACAGAUAACCACAAAGAUGAGACUGAAGAACCAACGCCGAUUCCGGAAGAAGAAUCGGACGGAUCGAAGCAAGCCACGCAAAAUCCAUUGUCUGAUGAAAUAAAUUCACGACAAGAAGCAAUAGAAGAUAUGGAGGAGGUGUUCGACGACCACCAUGCCGACACUCCUUUUGUUGUGAGCAGUAGUACUGGGAGUGACGGUGAAACUACGGGACCGAGUACAGCAGAAAAUUCUGUCAGCCAAGCUCCUCCAAUCGAUACCGAACCGAAACAAGUAGUGGGAGGAAGGGCAAGCAUUCCAGACGAAUUAGAGCCACACCAGUUGGCUCGACUUCAAGAUCUCAAAGAAUCCAAUGCCUAGAUAAUAUGUUAAGUCAAUGCGGUUUUUUUUCGAUGAAAAAAAUAUUUGAGUAUCAAUUUUUGAGGAAGUCAUAGAUUUACAUGUGCUUCACAAUAUAAAAACGCAACUCGUUAUCGUCAUCAGAUUCGAUCGCAUUAAAAAUAUGUAAUUGGAUCAAAUAUAUCAAAGUUCAGUGAAAGUGACGAUCUAUUAAUGUAAUCAACGUUUCCGUUAAUUUUUGUUUGACAUUUAUCGCUUCCAGUUGAUUUCAAAACAGCAAAAAAAUAUCAUCAAAAUUUAAUAUUAGAAUAUUAACGAUUUUUAAUUACAUAUUCUAUCGAUCAAAUAAAAUGAUUAAUGGGACUGUUGAAUAUAAUGAGAAAUAGAAUUUGGAAAGUGAAUUACAUAUUUUUAUUCGACGUUGAUUUAAUUGUAUUUUAGGUAUGAUGAAUCGCGCGUAAAUUUGUACCUACUUUGUUACCUAUUUGUUAGUGUUGACGAUAUUUUCCUGUUAGGAAAUGAUACUAUAUAUUUAACUAGUUGAUUCGAUUGAGUUCUCCUUUUACAUUAUGGAUCAAAUUGAUUCGAAUUGAGAUAUCGUUUCUUACAUGCAUUACUUAACAACUGAGGAGUAUUAGGAAGUGACCUAAACCUGGGCAAUCACAUAAAACUUUCCAUCGACUCAACUAUUGCGUUAAAAUCGAAAGACGUCGACGAUUUCACCUGGACUCAACUAUUUAGUUGUUAGUACACACAAUAAGAUCUCGAUCAUUCCUUAUUCUUCUCUUCUUUAACCGGCGCUACGGUCCUUUGAGAACCAGCGUCUCCUCAACAAUCGACUCCCAAUCCUUUAUGUCUUUACCAUGGUGCCUCCAACGGCGAACCCCUAGCUGGAUCAGGUUCGCCUCUACGUCCCCCAAUCAACGAAGGAGCGGUCUUCCUCCAGGAACUUUGUACAUAGCUCUGCGCGGGUAUCGACCAGAAGGCAUUCUCUACACAUGUCCCAGCCACUUCAGAGGCGCCACCAAAUCUGGCUUACCAUGCAUCUGUCUCAGCUCAGCAUUCCUCCGAAUCCUCCACGCAAAAAUCUUUCAUUAUUGAAAAUCAGCUCACUUGUCAUCGUUGUAGUCCAUGUCUCACAUCAUUUUGUGACUACGGGGCGGAUUAUCAUCUUGUAAAUUAUUUGCUUUGACCUUCGUGCUCUCUGGACUGCCCAGAAGCAUCUGUUUCCCGCAGCAACUCUUGCCUUGAUCUCUGUUGUCACUUCAUUAUCUUCAGUUAUCAAGGCACCAAGAUAUUUGAAUUGGUGGAACACAGGGAAGCGAUGUUCCCUUUCCUUAUUAAUAUAGCAAAAUGAUCAAUCGAAGAGCUCUGGCUGGUGCUCUCCUUUAUAUAGAGGAUAAAAAUAGGAAAAGAAAACGAAGAUACUGGGUUCUGUACUAAAUGAAAACUUACACACAUUACAUGGUAACUUGAAGAAUUAUCAUGGAAAAAAUUUCAGAGCUUUACAGAAUGGGCGGAAGAAGUUUCAACGAAAUCAUUUCAUUAUCUAUGAAGACAGAUCUCGUCAUUUCAAGAGUACUUUAGCUUCGUCCAAAAACGUUAAAACACAACUGAUCUAAAUAGUGAACACACUGUUUACACUACCACUACACCAUAAUUCACAAUUACACUGUCUGACGUACGUAGGUAAACUAAGUUGGUUAUCGAAACACGCGUCAGACAGAGUAGUUGUGAAUGUCGGUGUAGUGGUAGUGUAAACAGUGUGUUCAGUAUGAAUAGCAGGUUCCAAAAUUUCCAACUUCGUUCGAUAUGAAUAGAUCGUCGGACUGUAUAGUUGGCUGUAUGCGCACUCCUAUUUGAUUUUAUAGACUUUUCACAAACAACUAAAUAGUUUUGUAUCAGAAGUUGUAUGUAUGCGCCUAGCCUAAUCUCAAAGUUGAUUAUUAUAACUUAAUCAAUUUCACGGAAUGAAAACAAUAAAGAUUGAUUGAUGCUUUAAAAUUUUUUGUUCUGAUCAAAUAUUUUUGGAAAGUUGGUUAGCUCUUUAUUUUGUUUUCUUUGUCUUUGAAUCAUUUUUAUAUCUAUACGUAUUUCUUGCUUCUCUUGUCAUCUUCCCAGCACUACACCAUAGCACUACAUCUAAAUUUCCCAAUAAAUAUAUGCUUCCACUUCGAUGUCACUUAUUUGUACCUGUUUUUUUGUACCCUAUACAACUGAGAAAGUGCCCAUUCUUCCUUCCAGAGAUAAAAACGCGGCAGCUUUUUAGGUUUUUUGGAACACUUUAAUUUGUACAGUGGAAUCUAUUUAACCGAGCCUUAUAUAUCUGAGAAACCUCAGUUAUUGAUAAUUAUACUAAGGUAGGUAGCGACACUUUUUCAUGAAACAUUUCUGUAACUGGAAAUUUCGAGACGAGACGAAAAACUCAGUGACGACAUUAUUUCUGAAUUUUUAGAAAGCAUGCAGAAAACGUUUAUUAAGUACUUUAGAGAGA